UUGAUCUUGAGAAGGUUGUUGAUUUUUCGAUGUCUGACGUGUUCACGAGUGCGGAGUCUGAUGUGUGAAUGCCUGGUGUUCCCCGCGUGCCUGCUGUGCAUGAACGUUCUGAUGAUGAGUUCGGUGUCUCGAAGUUUGGUGUGUCUGCUCAUGAUGUACCCCGCGUGCCCCCUGUACUUGAGAGUCCGGAUGAAGUCGUCGGCGUUUCGGAGUAUGAUGCAUCUGUCCCUUCUGUACCAAGUGGGCCUCGAAAGGCUCCAUCAAAUCGGAGCCGACGGGAAACAGGAGGACUUGGACGUCACUGUGCCAGACGUUUUGUUUGUACCCGGGUGUGGUUUCAACCUUUUCUCGGUAUGGAAGGUGUCUCACAAGCAUGAGCUGCCGAUGGUGCUUGCCGGCGCGUGGGACGAGAGCGCCGGUGCCGAAGCAGGGGGGCCCAACGACGUGUUCCACAUCGACCUCUGCGGCGCGUACACGGCGACGAUCGGUGGCAACCACUAUAUGCUCUUCGGUGUGGACGCCGCCACGGGAUGGAUGGUCUGCUACGCCAUGCGGCGUAAGUCGGAGGCGCUAGCGGUCGUCAAGCGCAUGGUCGUGGAUGCCGCCCACAAGGCUGGUACCGCGAUCAAGUGCAUCCGCUGCGACUGCGAUGCCCUCUGGACCAGCAGCGCCUUCAAGGAGUUCUGUGCCAGCAUGGGGAUCGCGCUCGAGUACUCCCCUCCCGGAGUGCAGCAGUACAACGGCGUCGUCGAGAGCGCCAUCCAGAGGUGCCUCAAGAUGGCCAAGGCAUCCCGCCGGGCCGCCCAGGAGCUGCUUGGCCCCGCAGGAUUUUCUCGUGUUCGCCUGCCUAGUGUUCGUGGCGAUGAGCUCUGGGCAAAGUCCGCAAAAGACGCCGCACAGGAGCUGAACCAGUCAGCACCUCCUUCCAACCCCGGGGGUGCGUCGCCGCAGGAACUCUACACCGGCAAGGGAGGCCCUUUCAGCUUGAUCCCGUUCUUUCAGUACGGUUUCAAGUGGGAGCGGCCGGCGACGAAAAUGGACGACAGGGCCGUGCCGUGUUUUUUCCUCAACGCCGGGGACAACCACGCCGACGUCACGGUUAACGUGCUCAAGGAGAGGACCGGCCACGUGUGCUACACCUCGAAUGUAGCGUCGGCGGCGCUCCCGCCGUCGGGGGGGGGAGGGUGCAGUACUUCACCAACACCCUCCGCGGAGACCCUACCCACGCCCCAGCAUCUACUCUUCGAGACCGUCGCUUCGCCGCCGCCUGCUGCUGCCGCCGCCGCCUUCGGGGCCCGCGUUGUGGCCCGCGCCUUCACCUGGUGCUGCCGCUCCGCCGCUCCCGAGUGCGAUCGCGUCAUCGACAUCCGCCGUCUCACCGCCGCCCGCUGCUGCUGCCGCCGCCGGACCGCCGCCGCCGCCGCCAGCUUCGGGGCCCGCGUUGUGGCCCGCGCCUUCACCUGGUGCUGCCGCUCCGCCGCUCCCGAGUGCGAUCGCGUCAUCGACAUCCGCCGUCUCACCGCCGCCCGCUGCUGCUGCCGCCGCCGCCUUCGGGGCCCGCGUUGUGGCCCGCGCCUUCGCCUGGUGCUGCCGCUCCGCCGGUCCCGAGGCCGCCCGCGACAUCGAUAUCCGCCGUCUCACCGCAGCCCGCUGCUGCAGCCGCCGCCGGACGUCGCCUUCGCCGCCGCCUUCGGGGUCUGCGCCGCCGUCGCCGUCGCCGCCGCUCCCGGGCUGGUCUUGCCAUCACUGCCGGACGAUGCCGUCACCACGCCUCUCCGUCCGACCGAGAUCACCAUGGGGCUGCUGGCUCAAGCAAACGAAGACGUCCUCCUCUCCAUGCUGGAUGCUCGGCGAGUCAUGAACGGCAAGACAAUGCUCCGGCCAGGAUUGGAAGGGGGCGGCGGGAAGGGGGGUGGAGGCGAGCAGCUCGCGAGGAGUGAGGGAUGCAUGGGGAAUGACAAUUGCAAAGAGUCGAAGUUGAUUUUUGAUUGGAAGGUAGAUGCGUUCGGCUUUCCUACGAAGGCCAAGGCUAGACUUGUUGCGAGGGGAGACAUGCAGAAGGAGUACAUUGAUUUUGGUGAUUUGUAUGCACCCUUUGUAGCUUCAUCUAGUGUUCGUAUGUUGGCAGCUUUGGCGUGUGAGCUUCACUUGGAGUUGCGUCACUUCGAUAUCGACCAGGCUUUUGUGAGGGCCCCUCUCAAGGAAGAUAUUUUCAUGCGACUGCCGGAAGGAUGUGUGGGGAUGAAGGAGAGGUGUGAUCAAUUCGGCAAGGACCUGGGAGAGCCGGAUAUCGCGAAUUCGGUGAGAGCAGUGGCGAGGUUCUGUAGUGCACCGAAGUUGAUCCACUGGAAGGCUGCACUUAGCAUUAAAGGAUAUGCAGUUAGGACUAGUUCUUUGGGAAUUUCUUUUCAGAGGGGGAGGAUUUCGGGAUUAUCUUUGAUUGCGUUUGUCGACGCGGAUUACGUUUCACGUGCGGCAAACCGUAGGUCGGUUUCGGGAGGGGUAGUGAUGUGUGCAGGAGGAGCAAUUGCAUGGUUCUCCAAGACUCAGAAGUGUGUGACUUUGUCUACCACGCAGGCAGAAUACGUGGCGAUGGCGGACAUGGGGAAGGAGAUGUUGUUUUUGAGGCAGGUUUGGCGUUUCAUGUUGCCUAAGGAGUUGCGGCCGUGCACUCCCCUGCAACUCGUAGAUGAGAAGGAGGUAGAGAUCAUCCACGUAGCGUCGAAGGAUCAGCAUGCCGACUUCCUCACGAAGGCGCUACCUGAGAGAGAGUUUGUUUCCCACUGGGACUACGUGAUGAACUUGAAGUGA